GUAUCUGCUAUAGUUACUCCUCUCAAGUCUCCACUACCUUCCUCGGAACUCCCUCAGCCUCUCGCCACCCCCUCGCUCGUCCGCUCAUUCACCAAUAUAACCCACCCGCCUGCCCCCGCACAGCAGCAGCAUCGCUCGCCCGAUGGCCACAUACGCAACCAGGCUUACCACGGCCUUCGGAGCAGGCGUAGACCGAGUUCGCCGCUGGUCCCAGGGAUCCGCACAAGAUGACCAGCAGCACCCGAACCACCCGCAGCGCCGAUUCGCCACCACUCCCGGCGACCUCGACGAAGUCGACGACGAUGCCAUCUCGGACUCUCCACCACCACGCUCGCCCGUGCCCGCCCACCCACCCCUCGCAUCCGUGCCCGAAGGUACCUACGUCAGACCGCGAGGAGACGAGGCUUCCGAGCAGACGCUCGCCACGAUCACCACCAGCACUAGCACCAGCAGCGGGGCCCACCUCAUAGCAGUUCCGGACGCCAUCGCCGCUCCGCCCGUGAUGUCCCCCCCGGAAGGCGGCCCGUCGAACACUCUCCCGUCUCCCGUGCCAGCGAGCACGGGCGGCUCCUUGCUGCCCGCGCGAGCCUCGGGGCUGCCCGAAGACGACGGGCAGCGGCAGCUGCGGCAGAAGCUGUCCGACAUCACGCAAUCCGGCUUGCCUGAGCGCGACCGCGCACGGAAGAUGCACCAGAUCAUGACGGAGAAGUGGCAUCAGUCGCGGGCGGCGCAGGUGGUGGGGCUGCAGCAGGUCGGCGGCGGUGGAGGCGGCGGUGAGGUAGCGCCUGCGUCGCCGACGGCGACAAGGCUCGAGAUGUUGGGUGAUCCAGAUCCCUCCGAUAAGAAGAAUCCGUACAAACUCCUCCAGGGCGACGCGAGGAAGACGUACUACUCCGGCCCGAACCCGCCGGCGCCGGAAGAGGAGGACGGUGUGCCCCCGAGAGUGCUGGGGUGCUCGCAUUAUCGCAGAGGUGUUAGGCUGCAGUGCUCUACGUGUGAGCGCUGGCACACGUGCAGGUUCUGUCACGACGAGAAUGAGGACCAUGCCCUGGUCAGGAGGGAAACGAAGAAUAUGCUGUGCAUGCAUUGUGGACGCCCGCAGCCGGCGCAGCAGGACUGUAGGUUCUGCGGCGUCAGGAGUGCGAAGUAUUACUGCGAUAAGUGCAAAUUGUGGGAUGACGAUCCGCAAAAGAGUAUAUAUCACUGUAACGACUGUGGUAUAUGUAGGAUUGGGCAAGGGUUGGGAAAGGACUUUUUCCACUGCAAGAAAUGCGGUGUAUGCAUGUCGAUAGCUCUCGAGAACUCCCACCGAUGCAUAGAACGUUCUACAGAAUGCGAUUGCCCCAUAUGUGGAGAGUUCAUGUUCACUUCAACACUAACAGUAGUCUUUAUGACCUGCGGCCACUCAAUCCAUCACAAAUGCUACUACGAGCACAUGAAGAACUCCUACCGGUGUCCGACCUGCGCGCGAACCAUAAUCAACAUGGAGUCCCAAUUCCGCGCACUCGACAUCGAGAUCGAGAACCAACCGUUACCAUCGCCAUACUCUGCCUGGCGCUGCCUGAUCAGCUGCAACGACUGCUCGGCCAAGUCCAACGUGCAAUUCCACUUUCUCGGGCAGAAAUGCGACAACUGCUCGUCGUACAACACCUCGCAGGUCCGCAUCAUCCGCCCCGAAGACGAGGGCGCCCCCAUCGCCGCAAUCGACGUGCCUACAGAUCCACAACCGAUCUCGCGCACCGGCCUCGAGAGAAUGCGAAGCCUGUCAGUCCUCCCUGUAUUGAACUCGCCGCCCCGCGCUGCGUCAACGGAACAUGGCAAUGCCGUUGUCCCCGGCGCCGAUGGCGCGGCCAUCCAGAAUGCGAACCGUGCUCUUGCCGCGGCGGACGAGGCGAUACAGAUUGCUAGUGGCCUGGGAGAUAGAGACGGCGCGCCGAUUAUCGACGAUGGCUGGGAAAGCGAGAAUAGCGCGGACUUUAUAGAUGAGGAGGAGGAGGAUGGUAGUCAGGAUGGUAGUGAUGGUAGUGACGUCGACGAUGAGGACGAAGACGACGACGACGAUGACGAGGAGUUUGAGGAGCUGAUUAAUCUCAGGGGACACAUAUAACUCAACACCCAUUACACCGUUAUUGUUUGUCUUUUGUCCUGCUGCAUUGGGGUUUUCUUUUGUUUCCGGCUUCAUCAUUUUGAUUUUUCCUUUCGUUUUCCUUUCGUUUUCUCGGGCAUAUACCAAGCUUCAUCAUUGUUGUCCGCAUGGUUUUGGUAUGGGUUUGGUUUGGUUUUGAUUCGUGUUUUCUGUUUCUUGUUUGGAUGCUGGGCGGUCUCUGUAAGGUCUGGUUAGUCACUCAUACACUCUCACUCACUCAACUCACUUUUCAGAUCUUUUGACGGGGGGGGCACAAAUGUUGCUG